AUGAGAAAACGUACUAACGAAAUUACCAAAGAUUCGCACCAAAAGAAGCUUUCUUAUUUAGAAAAUCAAAAUGACACUGAUGAUCCAGCUACACCUUCUACCAGUUCAAAAGAUGUCUCUGUAUUGUCUUCACAUAUGUCAACCUCAAUAUCAGGACUCAACGACAAUGAUAUGACUUUUAAUGUAACUUCAGAGUCUUCAGACGAUAAAACUAAAAAGGAUCUUGCCUCUAAAGGCUCUAUUACUGCAGUAUUUGAUAAAAUAAAUUCAUAUGCAGAUUCAGAUACUAUGGCUGCUCGGCUUACUAACAGUAUCGUAUACAUGAUUGCUAAAGAUCAUCAACCCCUGUCAAUUGUUGACAAUGAAGGUUUUAGAGCACUUAUGAAAUUAGUAGUACCAUUAUAUAAAAUUCCUAGUAGGAAAACGAUUACAACCCGUUUGGACGAUAAAUAUCAUGUUAUGCAAUGUAAAAUUAAAGCUAUCUUGUCAAACAUCAAGAAUUUAUCUCUUACUUCAGAUAUAUGGACUGAUUCAUACAAUACAAAAGGAUUUUUAGGUAUAACAAUACACUAUAUUGACUGUAAAAACUUCACUCUGGAAUCAAUAGAUCUUGGAAUGCAUGAACUUGAAAACCGACACGAGACAGUGUAUAUAUCCCAAGUUUUUAAAAAUAUUUGUGAAGAAUGGAAUAUACAGAAUACGAGUGUGUGUGCUAUAAUCACUGAUAAUGCUGCCAACAUGAAAAAAGCAGUGUACGAUACAUUUGGAAGUAACAAACAUGUUCCAUGCUUCGCCCGUUCGUUGAAUUUGAUGAUACAAGAUGCUAUAUCUUCAACACAGGAACUGAAACCAAUUAUCCAAAAGGUCAAGCGUAUUGUUACAUUUUUCAAAUGCAGUGUUAACGCUACACAUGCACUAAAAAAAUUGCAAAGACAGGAAGGCAAAACGGAAGAUAAAAUUUUGAAGCUAAAACAAGAAUGUGAAACACGAUGGAAUUCGACGUUUUUGAUGCUAUCAAGAUUUUUGCAGUUAGCAAAUCAUGUAAGCACAGUACUUAUCAACAAUUCAAUAUUAGGAUCUGCAGAUUCACCAGAAAUGAUAUCUCGUGCGGAAUUGAAAGCUAUUGAAGAUGCGUGUGAAUUACUAUCUCCAAUAGAAUUGGUUACAGUAGAAAUUUCAGGGGAAAAAUAUGUAACGUGCAGUAAAAUAAUCCCAAUUGUUAACUGCUUAAUGGUAACUAUCGAUCGGCUAAUUCCAAAAACGGAAGUAUCUGCAUCUCUAAAACAAAACAUCCUUAAUCAAAUAAAACGAAGAUUUUAUUCAGAAAAAUCAAAUAUAGAAAAAAAUAGGUUUUUAGCAAUAUCAACGUUGUUGGAUCCACGUUAUAAAAAGAUGCACUUUCAGAGUAUUACCACAGUUUCAUAUGCUCAAACAAAAGUAAAUAAACUUAUGAAGGAGAUGUUUGAAUCCGAAAAUAAAAAUAGCCAAAAAAAUAACUAUUCCGAAUCGAAUAUCGAAAGCAAUAUUAAAAAACAUAAUGUGUGCAACAUACACGACAAAUUGAUGACAUCUAGAUCUGAAAAUUUAGACGAAUUUGGAGAGAACGGAGGCUUAUCAGCUGAAUUUCGACAAUACCUCAUCUCUCCAGUAGUAGACAGAAGUGAGUGUCCUUUAAAAACUUGGCAACGUUUGAGAGCACUGCAUCCACACUUGUACGAAAUAGCUUUAAAAUAUUUAGUCAUUGUUGGUACCUCCGUGCCAUGUGAAAGACUGUUCAGUAAAGCCGGCAAUAUCAUUACUGAGAAACGCAAUCGGUUAAAAGGAAAACGGGCUUCCAAAAUUAUAUUUUUAAGUUCGUUAAAUAAGGAAUAUUGGUGA